AUGUCACGUCCUCUCGAUGGCAAGCUCGGAAUCGUGACCGGCGCCUCUCGAGGCAUCGGCGUCGCCAUCGCCGAGCACCUCGCCGCAAAAGGCUGCAACCUCAUCCUGGGCUACACCUCCCCUUCCUCCCAAUCCCCAGCCGAACAACUCGCAACAGACCUGAGCACAAAACACAACAUCCAGACCCUCGCAGUCCAAGCCGACAUGGGCACGCCCGAAGGACCCCAAUCCCUCGUCGCAACCGCCAAAUCCCACUUCGAAAAGCUCAACACCACCACCAAGUUCCAAAUCGACAUCCUCAUCAACAACGCAGGCGUCGCCCAAAACAACCUCCUCCCCUCCAUAACAGUCUCCCAAUUCGACGUAUCCUACCGCGUAAACGUCCUCGGCCCCUUGCUCCUAACCCAAGCCGUCCAGCCUUACCUGCCCACCGACCGCUCCGGCCGCAUCGUCAACAUGUCCUCCGUAAGCUCCUCCGCCGGCUUCCCCGAACAGAGCGUCUACGGCGGCACAAAGGCCGCCCUCGAGGCCAUGACGCGCACAUGGGCCCGCGAGCUCAGCGAGAACGCCACCGUCAACGCAAUCAACCCCGGUCCCGUGCUCACGGAGAUGUACGCGGGCAACACGCCCGAGUUCAAGCGCUUCAUCAAGGGCUUCAUCGAGCACGCGCCGCUGAUGAAGGCGAGGAAGGGGAUCGACUCGGACGAGCUGGUCAAGGCGGCCGAGGAGGAGGGCGGGAGGCCGGCGUACGUUGGGGAGAUUGCGGGUAUUGUGGGCAUGCUUGUCUCUGCGGACUCUGCUUGGUGCACGGGACAGGUUGUUUGUGCUAAUGGCGGUAUGUUUUUCGGGUUGCAGUAG